AUGCACACUCCUCUGCUCUACCUCCAGAAUAAGACAUGUGUGCAGACUCUAGAGGGCCAUACCCAGAAUGUGUCCUGUGUCAGCUUUCACCCUGAGCUGCCAAUCAUCCUCACAGGCUCCGAGGACGGCACAGUGAGAGUCUGGCAUUCCAGCACGUACCGCCUGGAAAACACACUGAACUACGGGAUGGAACGUGUGUGGUGUGUGUGUGGCCAGCGAGGCGCCAACAGUGUGGCGCUGGGAUAUGAUGAAGGCAGCAUCAUCAUCAAGUUGGGCCGUGAGGAACCAGCCAUGUCUAUGGACUCUAACGGUAAGAUCAUGUGGGCCAAGCACUCUGAGGUGCAGCAGGCCAACCUGAAGGCCAUGGGAGAGGCUGAGAUACAGGACGGAGAGAGGCUGUCCCUGGCCGUCAAAGACAUGGGCAGCUGUGAAAUCUAUCCCCAGACCAUCCAGCACAACCCCAAUGGCAGGUUUGUGGUGGUGUGUGGGGAUGGAGAGUACAUCAUCUACACUGCAAUGGCCCUGAGGAACAAGAGCUUCGGUUCAGCACAGGAGUUUGUCUGGGGCCACGACUCCUCAGAGUAUGCUACUCGGGAGAGCACCAGUAUGGUCAAAAUCUUCAAGAACUUCAAAGAAAAUAAGUCUUUUAAACCAGACUUUGGGGCAGAAGGUAUCCAUGGUGGGUUCUUGCUGGGCGUGAGGUCAGUGAGUGGUCUGGCUUUCUACGAUUGGGAGAACACAGAACUGGUCCGCCGCAUUGAGAUCCUGCCUAAACACGUCUUCUGGUCAGAGUCUGGGGAGCUGGUGUGUAUCGCCACGGAGGAGUCUUUCUUUGUGCUGCGCUACCUGGCUGAGAAAGUGGCAACAGCACAGGAGACCAAGGAGGGAGUCACCGAGGAUGGGAUAGAGGACGCCUUCGAGGUGUUGGGUGAGAUUCAGGAGGUGGUGAAGACAGGUCUGUGGGUGGGAGACUGUUUCAUCUACACCAGCUCAGUCAACAGACUCAAUUACUACGUAGGAGGAGAAAUUGUCACCGUCGCCCACCUGGACAAAACUAUGUACCUGUUGGGCUACAUCCCUAAGGAUGACCGUCUGUAUCUGGGUGAUAAGGAGCUGAACAUCGUCACUUACUCUCUGCUGGUGUCGGUACUGGAGUACCAGACUGCUGUAAUGAGGAGGGACUUUGGGAUGGCAGACAGGGUCCUACCCACAAUCCCUAAAGAGAUGAGGACCAGGGUUGCCCACUUUUUAGAGAAACAGGGUUUCAUGCAGCAGGCCCUGGCUGUGUCCACAGACUCAGAACACAGGUUUGAGUUGGCUCUGCAGCUAGGAGAACUGAAGAUCGCCUACCAGCUGGCUGUAGAGGCUGAGUCGGAGCAGAAGUGGAAGCAGUUGGCAGAGCUGGCCACCACUAAGUGCCAGUUUGUCCUGGCCCAGGAGUGUCUGCACCAUGCCCAGGACUAUGGGGGGCUACUGCUGUUGGCCACAGCCUCGGGCAACGCCAACAUGGUGGGCAAGCUGGCAGAGGGGGCAGAGAGAGACGGCAAGACCAACGUGUCUUUCCUCACCUAUUUCCUCCAGGGGAAACUGGACAAAUGUCUGGAGCUCCUCAUUAAAACCAACCGGCUGCCAGAGGCUGCAUUCCUGGCCAGAACAUACCUGCCCAGCCAUGUGUCUAGAGUGGUGAAGCUGUGGAAGGAGAGCCUGGGGAAGGUGAACCAGAAGGCAGCUGAUGCAUUGGCCAACCCUACAGACUACAGCAACCUGUUCCCCGGCCUACAGGAGGCCUUCCUGGCCGAAGACUACCUCAAGGAGACCCACGUCAGGCUGAGGCCCGCCGCAGAGUACCCUCUCAUCACCUCCAAUGAGAAUAGGAAUGUCCUGGGGGAAUCUGCAGACUAUGUGCCAAAAGUAUUGCCUGCUAAACCAGAGGUUGCUGGGAGCAUGGAUGAAACCCCUGUAAUGGCAGCAGUGGUAGAAACCCCUGUAAUGGCAGCAGUGGUAGAAACCCCUGUAAUGGCAGCAGUGGUAGAAACCCCUGUAAUGGCAGCAGUGGUGGAGGCUGCAGCUCCAGAAGCUCCAGUAGUGGAAGAGUCCAUUGUCAUGGAAGAGGUAGAACCUGUUGCAGCUGCAGUAGUGGAGUUUAUCCCAGCAGUAGAAGAAUCUAUCCCAGUGACAGUAGUGGAACCAACUAUGGCUGCAGUGGAAGAAUCCAUUGAGCUGGUUGAGGAGGAACCCAUUAUUGUUGAAGUGGAAGCUCCCAAGCCAAAGGAGGCAACAUCAGUGGAUGAUACCAUCACUAAGAUAGAGGCUCUUGUCACCAUAGAAAAUGACACAGAAGCACCCCUCUUGGUGCCAGAGGUAGCACAGUCCGCCCCAGAGGAAGAAGUCAUAGCAACACCAGAGGAGGCUGUUGAGGAAGGACCUGCAACAAUGAAGCCCAUAGCAACAGAUACACCUGUUACAGAGUCGGUCACAGAACCCAUUGUAACAGAAGCACCAGUUGCAGAGGAAGCGCCAGUGCCUAUAGCAACAGAACCAGAACCUGUUACCAUAGAAGCGGUGGUGGAGGCUGAAGCACCCAUUGCCGCAGCAGUACUAGAAGCCAUAGCAACAGAACCCAUUGUUACAGAACAAGCACCUGUUACUAUAGAAGUGGCAGUGGCCGCAGAAGCACCCAUUACUGAGGCAGUAGUAGAACCCAUAGCAGCAACUGAAAAAGCUCCAGUCAUUGUAGAAGAGAAUGAACCUGCCCCAGCAACACUCAUAGACCUAUCCCCAGCACCACUCAUAGACCUAGCCCCAGCACCACUCAUAGACCUAGCCCCAGCCAUAGACCUAUUCCCUGUACCACUCAUAGACCUAGCCCCAGCACCACUCAUAGACCUAGCACCACUCAUAGACCUAGCCCCAGCACCACUCAUAGACCUAGCCCCAGCCAUAGACCUAGCCACAGCCAUAGAUCCAGCUACAAACCCAGCUGUAGAGGACGAGGCUGCAGCAGCCCCAGCAGUAGAGCCCCUACCAGCCCUCGCCCAGGUGGUUCCACCAGGCACAGAGCCAGCCCCUGCAGCCCCUCUAGCUGCCCUCUUAGAGGGUAAAGGUAUGGAUGAGGCAGCCCCUGCAGCCCCUCUAGCUGCCCUCUUAGAGGGUAAAGGUGUGGAUGAGGCAGCCCCUGCAGCCCCUCUAGCUGCCCUCUUAGAGGGUAAAGGUGUGGAGGAGGCAGCCCCUGCAGCUGCUCUCUUAGAGGGUAAAGGUGUGGAGGAGGCAGCCCCUCUAGCUGCUCUCUUAGAGGGUAAAGGUGUGGAGGAGGCAGCCCCUCUAGCUGCUCUCUUAGAGGGUAAAUGUGUGGAGGCAGCCCCUGCAGCUGCUCUCUUAGAGGGUAAAGGUGUGGAGGAGGCAGCCCCUCUAGCUGCUCUCUUAGAGGGUAAAUGUGUGGAGGCAGCCCCUGCAGCUGCUCUCUUAGAGGGUAAAGGUGUGGAGGCAGCCCCUGCAGCUGCUCUCUUAGAGGGUAAAUGUGUGGAGGCAGCCCAUGCAGCUGCUCUCUUAGAGGGUAAAGGUGUGGAGGAGGCAGCCCCUCUAGCUGCUCUCUUAGAGGGUAAAGGUGUGGAGGAGGCAGCCCCUGUAGCAGUAGCAACAGCAUCCAUGGACCUGAUGGACCUGAAUGAUGAGGGCCUUGACGACCUGGACCUGUUUGAUCUGGAUGAUGACAUCGACACCACAGACGUCAAUCUGGACGAUGACUUCUUAGACGAAUGAAAGACUUAGAGAAAUGUCCUUAAAGUGACCAAAGAGCACAGUGUUGUUCAAACUCCUAGUGAAUGGGAGUGUGUGUGUAGGGGAUGGGGGUGUUUUUGCCUUUACAGUGAAACUGGUGAAAGGUGGGGUGGAUGAGUUCAUGUCUUUACACAUUAAUUGUGAAACACCGUGGGAGGGGGUUUGUAGAAUGCUUUGGGUGAUAAUGGGGUGGACUGGGUUCAUUCAUUAGGAACAAACGCAGGAAAUGUUUUGAAACGGGAAACAAAUGUGCCUUCUUAUUGAACAGGUCAAAUGUACUGUGUCAAAUUGAUUUCUCUGGUUUCGCACAUGCUGAACACAACCCCGGGUUGUAUUCAUUAGUCGUAUUUCAUUGCAAACAGUUUCUAUUGCACAAAUUCAGGUUGGUUCCUAGAGUAAACUUUUUCCAUUGCAAACAUUUAGCAAUGGAAUCCAACUAAUGAAUACACCAUGGUUCUGAAAUCCUUUGUACAGUACUUCAUCAUCCAACUCUCACAUUGACCUACAGUAUAGAAUGAUAGUGUGAACCAGAGUGGUCAUGGGUUUGACAUGUUUACCUUAUCCUCUCACAUAGGAAGAUGGGAAUAGUUUACUAUUGUACCUCUUACGCCUAGCUAAACAGGCUUUGAUCUUUCAUUCAUUAGUUAGGUUAGGUCAUGAGCUUGUCUUCAGUAUACCUCUACAUGCCUUGGCAAGCAUGCUGCUCUGCCAUGGUCUAGUAUCUUAUGCAUCUGCUGUUUUUAAAUAAGGAACCUACUUCAUUGUUACAGAUGUGAACCCAAGUGCCUUAUGUAUGACUGGUUUAGAAAAGGGCAUGAUGUUCUGUAUGACUGGUUUAGAAAAGGGCAGGAUGUUCUGUAUGACUGGUUUAGAAAAGGGCAGGAUGUUAUGUAUGACUGGUUUAGAAAAGGGCAUGAUGUUCUGUAUGACUGGUUUAGAAAAGGGCAUGAUGUUAUGUAUGACUGGUUUAGAAAAGGGCAUGAUGUUAUGUAUGACUGGUUUAGAAAAGGGCAGGAUGUUCUGUAUGACUGGUUUAGAAAAGGGCAUGAUGUUCUGUAUGACUGGUUUAGAAAAGGGCAUGAUGUUCUGUAUGACUGGUUUAGAAAAGGGCAUGAUGUUCUGUAUGACUGGUUUAGAAAAGGGCAUGAUGUUCUGUAUGACUGGUUUAGAAAAGGGCAGGAUGUUCUGUAUGACUGGUUUAGAAAAGGGCAUGUUAUGAUGUAUGACUGGUUUAGAAAAGGGCAGGAUGUUCUGUAUGACUGGUUUAGAAAAGGGCAGGAUGUUCUGUAUGACUGGUUUAGAAAAGGGCAUGUUAUGAUGUAUGACUGGUUUAGAAAAGGGCAGGAUGUUAUGUAUGACUGGUUUAGAAAAGGGCAUGAUGUUAUGUAUGACUGGUUUAGAAAAGGGCAUGAUGUUAUGUAUGACUGGUUUAGAAAAGGGCAGGAUGUUCUGUAUGACUGGUUUAGAAAAGGGCAUGAUGUUAUGUAUGACUGGUUUAGAAAAGGGCAGGAUGUUCUGUAUGACUGGUUUAGAAAAGGGCAGGAUGUUAUGUAUGACUGGUUUAGAAAAGGGCAUGAUGUUCUGUAUGACUGGUUUAGAAAAGGGCAUGAUGUUCUGUAUGACUGGUUUAGAAAAGGGCAUGAUGUUCUGUAUGACUGGUUUAGAAAAGGGCAGGAUGUUCUGUAUGACUGGUUUAGAAAAGGGCAUGAUGUUCUGUAUGACUGGUUUAGAAAAGGGCAGGAUGUUCUGUAUGACUGGUUUAGAAAAGGGCAUGAUGUUCUGUAUGACGGGUUUAGAAAAGGGUAUGAUGUUAUGUAUGACUGGUUUAGAAAAGGGCAGGAUGUUCUGUAAGACGGGUUUAUAAAAGGGUAUGAUGUUAUGUAUGACUGGUUUAGAAAAGGGCAGGAUGUUCUGUAAGACGGGUUUAUAAAAGGGCAUGAUGUUAUGUAUGACUGGUUUAGAAAAGGGCAUGUUAUGUAUGACUGGUUUAGAAAAGGGCAUGAUGAUAUAUAUGUCUGGAAUUGAAUGUCAACUCAAUAAAGAUGACAAGUGUUUGUCUGAAUCAG